AUGGCUCUUGUUUUGCGUUAUGUUGAUGAGAAUGGUGAAGUGGUAGACCGAUUUGUUGGUCUUGUCCAUGUUAGUGAUACAUCGGCAUUCUCAUUGAAGGAAGCAAUCUACUCAGUGCUUUCGGAGCACUCACUAAGUCCAUCACAAAUAUGUGGACAAGAUUAUGAUGGAGCUAGUAACAUGAGGGGAGAGAUAAAUGUUCUCAAGAGUUUGAUUAUGAAAGAGAGUUCAUCGGCAUAUUACAUUCAUUGCUUUGAGCAUCAUCAAUUGCAAUUGACACUUGUAAAUAUUGCUAAAAAAUAUUUGGAUGUUGAAGACUUCUUUUGCCAUGUUACUAACGUAUUGAAUGUUAUUGGUGGAUCUUUUAAGCGCGGAGAUUUGCUUCGACAUCUUCAAGUUGAAAACUUAGAGCAAUUACUUGAGUCUAGUGAAGUUCAUACUGGGCGAGGACUAAAUCAAGAACACGGGCUUCAAAGACCAUGUGACACUCGUUGGGGAUCACCUUUCAAAACAUUAGAUAAUUUUAUUGUUAUUUUCUCAUCUAUUGUUCGUGUGCUUGAAGUGAUUCAAUAUGAAGGCCAUAGGCUGCUGCGGCUUCACUCCCUUGCUUCUGACUUAAGAAUGUACACCUAA